AUGUUUCCAGAAAAGAGAGACCUCUCGUAUUUCCUCCCCUUCGGCCCCGCGCCGAGCCUGAGAACGCUACCAUCCGACGCGGGAUUCGGCGGGAGCCGCGAAGCCGGCGUUACAACCGGCGUAGCUGCCGGAGGCGUCGCCGGUGCCGGCACAAGUUACGGCUUCAGCGGUGCCGGCCAGGCGGGGUUCAACACCGAUGCGGCGAACACAGCAGCAUCGCGGCUCUGUGCGACUGGGGUGAUUGACAGCAGUAACCAGCCGGCGAAAGAUAAUAACAACCAGACGAACAACAACAAUAACAACAACGGCGCGAGCGUGAGCAGCACACUGAGAGAGUACGCGUGGCCGGGCACCGUGGCUCACGCGCUCGCCGCCAUUGCCCGUGGUCCCGCCGCUAGCCAGGUGACAAGUGGCAAGACAUUAGCGGACGCAAUAAUCGACAUUCGCAGGCAGCUGAGUCUCAGCGAUGGUAACCUUGGGCUCGCAAAAGGCCUCGCUGAAUUCUUAGACGAGAUUCUUCCGGAGGAGGAAUCUCAGGAGUUUUUCUUCUCCACGCUGCCCGGAAUGGCUUUGCUCGCCCUCCAUCUCCCGAGCCUCGUCUCUCAGCAGGCUCGGAGCGUGGCACGGGCCGCCCAAGCCGCAGCGCAGUCCGGCAGCAGCGGGGGGAGCGAGAAUUGGCGGAGGGGAACACAGAUGACGCUGCAGCUGCUGAGGCCGCAGCAGCCGGGGCUUGUGCUUAUAACGCAGGAGCUCACAGCGGCGCUGUUGGUGGGCGCGUUCUUGUGCGUGUAUCCGACGGCCGGGCGCGCGCAGGAGAGACUGCCUGAGAUCAACUUUGACCGCCUCUAUGGCGUGCCUUGGCGUUGCGCUCUCAACGGGAAGAUUAUUGCAUCUGCCUUCGCCUCUGUGCCUCUUCUCGCCCAUCUCGCUCCUUACGACGUGCUUCCGACCCUCUCGUCCCUCUCAUCCCUCGUACCGUCCACUCGCCCCAUGCGCAUCCUCUCAUCGGUUGCGCACAUCCAGGGGCACAUCCGCAAGGGUCAGCGCACAUUGCCUCUUACUCCCAUCUCUCUCCUCCCCUUUCCCCUUCCCUUCGUCCUCAACCACCCCAGGGGCAUAUACGAGGGGUGGCCGCAAGAGCAGGAGAAGCUGCGGUGCCUGCUGCACUACUUCCGCCGAGUCGUCGCCUCCAUGCCUCAGGGCACCGUCUCCUACGAGCGCAAGGUGCUGCCCCUCACUGCUGUCACCCCCGCCACUGUCACACCCGCUGCUGCUGCCGCCCCGUCAGCCAUCCACACGUUCAACGCCCCUGUUAUUGACACUCCAGGCCACAUGAAGCAGCCGCAGCAGCAGGAUGUAUAUGGCUGGGGUGGGGAGGCAGGGGAGGGUGGAGGGCGGGGAAGUGGGAACAUGAGACAAGGCACUGGGAGCAGGGUCGUGCGGGAAGGAGGGGGAGGGAGGAGGGGGGCAGGUGCGGAGUGUGGGGAGCAGCAGGAGCUUGGAGGGGAGUUGGGGGACGCUUCCUUCUCCUCCUGA